UUUACUGUAAACCACAUGACAAACUCUCACAAGGCGUUGACUGUCCAUAAAGCAGACGCCACUUGGUGCUUUCAGUUUCAUUCUGAGAGUGCAGCAAUGGAUCCAGCAGAGAUAAGAAGAAGAGAAGAAUUUCUGAAACGUCAACAAGAUUUCAAAGAGAAUGCCUUCAAGAUCAUCCACACCAUGCUGGACUGGUGUAACAUUACACCAAGAAGCAAGCAUUUGGUGGAUGAGAUUCUUCACAGCAUCUUCUUUCUGGGAAAAAUCAAUCAAGUGCCCUUUUCCCCAGAAGAAAUUAUCCCUGAUGAGCAGAUGUUGAGCGGCUUGAGGGAGAAAUAUCCCAGACCUUUUGAAUUCUAUCUGACACAGCUUCCCAGGCGGAGUCCAUUCUCCUGUGUGAUGGACAUGAUUGUCAUGCAGAAACAACCUGAGAAUGAAAACCAAAUAAUGCAGAGUCUGAGAGAUUUCAUCACCGCCCUGAAACCAGACUUUCUGGUCUCCUCCACCAUCUGCGUCUCCCAGAAAUCCAACAAUUCAGUCAGGCACUACGGAGUGUCCAUGUCCACUUCUGGUCGAGAUGCAAGGAGCAUAGUGAUUGGUGCCUCAUGCCUUAGUGCCUGGGAUGAGUAUGUAGCUGGUGCAGUGAUGACCUACUAUGUAAAGAACCCUAAUAAGAAAUACUUUGAUUUCACCAUCAAAAUACCUGACGAUGUCAGGUGUGAGGCUUUUAGCCUCAAAGAUGGAGGAAAAAUGAAGCCUUGCAGAUCAUGUGGUAACAUGUUUGGCUUGAACACAGAUGUGGCAAGGGAGUGGCCCUAUGGCAACUGUGCUGAAGUUGAGAGUUUGAGCAACUUACUGAAAAAUGAAAUAGAAGUUAAAGAGCAAUCACAACCAAAAUCUGACACAUGGACACCUCAGAACAUAAAGAGAGCCAGAGAAAAUGUUCUUAAGAAACUUAAGGAUAUCUUACACAAUAUCUCCUUCAAUACAUGGGAUGGUCAUUUCUAUGUCCCUCAAGCAGAAUAGUCUUGAAGAGGGCAGAUAAUGUCAUCUGUUAUCAUCCAUGAAAGUCCACUGUUACACCAUGUAAUCAUAGAAUUAACACAGCAUGAUUUAUCAUCUCCUCAUACUAACAGUCAAGAAUAUAUUAAUCUCAAUCAUCACUAGCUUGUCAAAAUUUUGAAUGCAGAACAUGUAAAAUAUGUGUAAAACAUGUUAACAAUAAAACCAAAGUGUCACCUGAAUCAAA